CUUUUUCCGUUCAACAAACUGGAGCAUGCUUGAUUGAAGGACACCGGUUUUCACUUGAAAAAUGUUUUAAAUCCACUAAAUACAUCAUUUUUAUUGCACAACCUAAGCAGGCAUUCUGAAGUGAAKCAACUGACAUAAAMUUAUAUAGAAACAGCGUGGAAACCGAGCAGCUGAAGGCCAAUAAUGGAGGCAGCGCAUACAUAUUCUGUUGSCGAAGUCUUGAAACAUUUGAACGUGUCAGAGACCAAAGGACUGAGUUCUGAACAAGUUAAAAAAUUACAAGAAACUCAUGGCCCAAAUGAGUUGCCCGCUGAAGAAGGGAAGCCUUUGUGGAGACUAGUUUUGGAGCAGUUUGACGAUUUGCUGGUUAAAAUUCUUCUUAUUGCUGCUGUUAUAUCGUUUGUUUUAGCAUUGUUCGAAGAAGGUGAAGAUCAAACCACAGCAUUCGUUGAACCGCUUGUCAUUCUUAUUAUUCUCAUUUUGAACGCUAUCAUCGGUGUAUGGCAGGAAAGAAGUGCAGAGAGUGCAAUAGAAGCUUUAAAAGAAUAUGAACCAGAAAUAGCUAAAGUGCUGCGUCAGGAUAGACCAGUUGUACAAAGAAUCAAAGCCAGAGAACUAGUUCCUGGAGAUAUUGUGGAAGUGGCAGUCGGAGACAAAGUGCCUGCAGACAUACGUAUCACCAAUAUCAAGUCUACAACACUGAGGGUUGACCAGUCUAUAUUAACAGGUGAAAGUAUGAGCGUAAUAAAACACACAGAUGCAAUACUGGACAAGAAAGCAGUCAAUCAAGAUAAAACWAACAUGCUUUUUUCUGGAACCAAUAUUUCCUCUGGUAAAUGCUGUGGUGUUGUUAUUGGUACUGGCGUCAACACAGAAAUAGGAAAAAUUCGAAAUGAAAUGGURGAUACAGAAGGUGAAAGAACUCCACUUCAACAGAAACUUGAUGAAUUUGGAGAACAACUAUCUAAGGUGAUCUCUGUAAUCUGUAUAGCAGUAUGGGCCAUUAAUAUUGGYCACUUUAAUGAUCCUAUUCAUGGAGGAUCAUGGAUCAAGGGCGCCAUUUACUAUUUUAAAAUAGCUGUAGCUUUAGCCGUAGCUGCAAUUCCAGAGGGUCUUCCAGCUGUUAUCACUACRUGUUUAGCAUUAGGAACCCACAGAAUGGCUAAGAAAAACGCUAUAGUAAGAAGCCUUCCUUCAGUAGAAACUCUUGGUUGUACAUCUGUGAUUUGUUCUGACAAGACAGGGACAUUGACGACGAAUCAAAUGUCAGUCCACAAGUUUUUCAUUCUGAAGGAUGUGAAACGAGGGCAUGCAGAUUUCCAUCAAUUUGUUGUGGAGGGAACAACAUAUAAUCCAACUGGAAAAAUUACUGAGAAUGGGGAAGAAAUUGAUGUAUCAAAAUAUGAUGCCUUACCAGAGUUUGCAUGUAUUUGUUCAUUAUGUAAUGACUCCAGCUUAGAUUUCAAUAGUGUCAAAAAGAGCUAUGAGAAGGUUGGUGAGUCCACAGAAACUGCCCUGUCAGUACUAGUAGAGAAGCUGAAUGUCUUUGGUCUUAAUUUGGCUGGUAAAAGUAAAGCUGACUUAGCUCAUGCUUGUAAUGAAGACAUCAAGAACCAUUUCCAAAAGGACUUCACUCUUGAAUUCUCCAGAGACAGGAAAUCCAUGAGUUGUUUYUGUAAACCAAAUAGCAAUGGACCUAACAGUGUUCUWGGCAAGGAUCCCAAAAUGUUUGUUAAGGGUGCYCCAGAGAGCAUUCUUGAGAGAUGUGACUUUGUUCGAGUAGGAAAAACAAAACAAACAUUAACACCCAGACUGAAGCAAGAAAUCACAGAACUUGUAAUGCAAUAUGGAACAGGAGCCGACACCCUUMGAUGUUUGGCCUUAGCAACCGUAGAUGAGCCAAUAUCGCCCGGUGACAUGGACUUGGAAGCUUCUGAGAAUUUUAUCAAUUAUGAAAGUCACAUGACAUUUGUGGGUGUGGCAGGUAUGCUUGAUCCACCUCGUACUGAAGUAGCAGYUGCCAUAGAAAAGUGUGAAGAUGCUGGAAUAAGGGUGAUUGUUAUUACAGGAGACAACAAGUCAACUGCAGAAGCUAUUUGUAGGAGAAUCAAGAUCUUUGGACCUGAUGAAGAUACUGAGGGACUUUCAUUCUCUGGUAGAGAAUUUGACGAUCUUAGUCCUGAGGGUCAGAGAAGAGCUUGUUUGGAUGCUAGAUUGUUUUCAAGAGUAGAACCAUCUCACAAGAGUAAAAUAGUAGAGUAUUUACAAGGUGAAGGAGAGAUUUCUGCUAUGACUGGUGACGGUGUCAAUGAUGCUCCUGCUCUCAAGAAGGCUGAGAUUGGUGUUGCUAUGGGAAGUGGGACAGCRGUUGCUAAGUCUGCCUCUGAAAUGAUUUUAGCUGAUGAUAAUUUCUCGACCAUUGUGGCAGCAGUAGAAGAAGGGAGAUCUAUUUAUGACAACACUAAACAGUUUAUUCGAUAUCUUAUCUCGUCAAAUAUUGGUGAAGUAGUCAGCAUAUUCCUUACAGCUGCGCUUGGAAUGCCAGAAGCUCUUAUCCCUGUACAACUUCUAUGGGUUAACCUCAUGACUGAUGGACCCCCUGCAACUGCACUAAGCUUCAACCCCCCUGACACAGAAAUCAUGAAGAAACCACCAAGAUCUCCUAAGGAACCUUUAAUUAGUGGCUGGCUGUUCUUCAGAUAUCUUGCCAUUGGUGUUUAUGUGGGUGUGGCUACUGUUGGGGCGUCGGCAUGGUGGUUUAUGUUCUAUGAUGGUGGACCACAGAUGACUUUCUAUCAGCUGACUCAUCAUAUGCAGUGUCCUAAUGAUCCUACUAAUUUUGCYGGUGUUAACUGUGCUAUAUUUGGUGAUUUACAUCCCAUGACUAUGGCUUUAUCUGUACUUGUUACCAUAGAAAUGCUGAACGCCCUUAACAGUUUAACAGAAAACCAAAGUUUGUUGACAAUGCCUCCAUGGAAAAACCCUUCACUGCUAGUCGCUAUUACUGCAUCGUUUGCCAUGCAUUUCUUUAUCCUCUUUGUACCAUUUUGUAAUACAAUCUUCCGUAUAACACCUCUGAACUGGGUAGAGUGGAUGGCUGUUCUCAARCUAUCAUUCCCUGUCAUUUUACUAGACGAAGUUUUAAAAUUUAUCUCGAGAAGGCUAAGUGUUUCAAACAACGUACAUCACCACAAACAAAAGACAGAUUAAAAAGCAUGCUGGGAAUGCGUUACAUCGUCAUGUGUACCAUCUCGUGUGGCCAUGAAAGUAGAAGAYYCGUUCAUKUCUUGGGAAYGAUACACAUGUCUCUUCUCAAGAAGAUCAAAAUGGUCACUUAUAAUCACGAACAAUUGCCUCACGUAAAUGCCCGCGUUUGUGGUAUUUAAUUAUUAUCUUGUGCAACAUUGAUAUUGGGAAAGGGGAGGGGAGGGYGGGGAAUUAGCACCUUAUAAGAUUUUCUUUAUAUCAUUGUGGCAUCACUGCUGUUUUAUUUUGAAAACAGAAUUGCUUCAGGCCGCUUUAUGAAAUUCUAUUCAGUUUACAAAUUUUUGUAUAAAGUUUAUUAUUAUGCAAUAUUUAGCCGGGCAUUACAUACAGAGAUGUUUUUAUUGUCUCGAGACAGCAGCCACGUUGAAGAUCGGAAUACAUUAUAUUAUACCCUUGAUGACAUUUUCAAAGGAAGCAUUCUUUCUUAUGCAUUAUUUCAAUUAGUAGUCGUAAAAAACCUCUAUAAAAGGCAAUGUGUUGCGACAGCAUUUUGUACAGCAAAGCAUGCUGGGAGAUUUAGUCCUCGGSAUAAAAUUUUCCCAAAAUCUGUCUUGUUCUUCCUUCACACAAACGUCAGACUUGCAUUUGUGUAGAGGAAAYAGAUUUUAUUUUAUAUUUAAAGUGGACCUAGAACAGUGCAGAGUGUACRCCACCCAUCAUGCCUUGCAUGACGAAAUGACGUCGCCGCGCAUAGCGUACUGUCGUUCUCCUGCGCGUUUUACUAUCAAUAUUUUCUCCUUUUUUAUGUUUUCUGUUUUCCGGUUGUCCAGUUACAGUAUUUUUUUGUCAUCAUUCAUGAUAAUUCAAACGCUCAAUUCAUCAAUAAAGGAUAUUUGUCAUCUCGCCAUUUUUAUUCUCAUUCAGAAACAUUUUAACUAAUGGAAGCACUCCAUACUCUUUGGACUCAAAACAGGAGUUUAUUAUGUAGUAAUUACAUAUAGACUAUGAAACAGUUUGUAGAAGAAGAGAGUAGUUGAAACGAGGGCAUUAUGCAGUGAUCGUUGCAAACAGAAAAAGGUCGUUCCGAAAAACAAAUAGUUGCCCAAGAACGCAUCCAGCUUCCAAGGGAAACUAUCACAGCAAAAUGUCCGCGAUUUCAACUGCUUUUUGAUUUUAUUAUUCAACAACAAAAUUUUCUGGAGCGGCAGUUACUAUCGCGUCACGUGGUCGACUCUUACAAAUGAGAGUAGUGUCGAGUAGCAGAGGAAAAUGUGUGACUUACAAUGAACUAGUAGAGUGGGUUUCCUUGGAAUGUAAUAAAACAGACAACAAAUAGUUCACAGUCAUUUUCUUUUCACACUCGUAGGAAAACCGCUCUAGUAGACUUUAGUUGGAUUGUUUUCCUUUGUUUGAGAUAUCCUUUGCCAAAAUGGUCGCUGCUCAUUGGCAUCAGUUUAAUAAUCUUUCUUUUCCAACAUAAGAUUAAAUAACCUUCAACAUAAACUUCUGCUGUAAUGUGAUGUCAUAAUGAUAUUUAUGUAUAACAACGAUAACUUAUUUUCGGUUUUUGUUUUGCUACUUCAUGAUUUUACUCAAAUUCCAAAUGAUUUUACUGAAACCGGUUCAAUGGGUUUUAAUCGCCCUUGCAUAAAAUUAUUCACUUAUAUAUAAUAUUUCUAUACUUAUGUAUUCCUUGUACAGACAAAUUAGUCGCUUAAUUUAAUUUUUUUUAGAAAUAUUUAAAGCAUUAGUAGUUUACUUUUUCAAUUAGACUUGUUUGCUGUAAAGGUAUUUGAGAGUAGAUCUGGUAUACUGUCAUGAUUUAUAAAUACAAAACAAUAUUCUCCAAAAUCUUUAUCAAAGCAAUUGAUUUUCACAAUUCAUCCUUUGCAAGGUUAAUUGUUAUUCUUUCGUGAUUAUUGUUCGCUUUCUACAAUUGCAUUCUGGUCUUGCUUCACGUGGGCUGAAGCUAUACCGCAAUGCACCUUGGGUUUGCGGUUUUUGGCGAAAAAAAAAAGGUUACCAAUCUAUGAAAUUUGAAUCUGUCAUGUUGAGYGCAAUGUUUUCAGUUACCUUUCGACGUGUCCAUAUAGUCGUCCCAAUUAGAACAAACGUGUACGGUUACUUGCGACCGGCAUGAUCCAUAUGAUUCUAUGGACACUAAACCUUGUGGGGUCAGUAAAAUGCUUCAUGUCUCAAGAAAAAGCAAACACUCCAUUUUUAAAAGCUGAUCGAGGGACAUACUUCUGUUAAUAUAAGCUUGUAACAUCAGGUUAUCGUGAUAAGAAUGCUUACUAUUUAUCAAUAUCGGACUAUACAAUUCACACGAAAGUGAACUAACCAUUCUUAUCAGUGAACGGUGGUACAAGUUUUGCCGUAUUCCUUAUUGAUAAUAUAAACAUGUCAAUUUAUAUCCAAGCAAUAAAAUAUAAAGUUCAUGAUCA